AUGCCCAAGCGCAAGCUCUCCGAGCUCAACGGCGCCGGGCGGACCGACGACAGCAAGACCCGCAAGCUUUCGAUAAAGGCCGUCCGACUGACGAAUAAAUUUGACCAAGGCGUGCAACUCAUAUCGCGCGGGCUCAAGACCGCGCGUGGAUUUGAACGACAGAAGCUGAGCCGUCGCGAAAAGACGGCGAAGUCGCAGGAGAAUAACUCGACGACAUUGGCGCGACUGCACGAAGAAGUGGAAGCAUUGAAGGGACUUGACUAUCAGGUCACCGCUGAGCGAUACCUGUUCAAACAACUAUCCAAGACUAAGCGGAUUGCGGAGUCGCCGACGUUCAAGGAAUUCCAAGAGUCGAAGAAUGUCUCCACUGAGGGACCCAAGAGUACCGCAGAGGCCAAUAUCCUCGCGCGAUUGUUCAAAUCCAACCCGGUCAAGAAUGUGAUGCCUAAUAUUCUGGCAGAGAUUCGAAAGUUACUGGGGAUCGAAGAAACACCAACUGGGAAACAAGGCAAUGCGGGGACCAGGAAGGAUAAGCUGGAUCUGAGUCCGAAUCUGCAUCGGAAGAAGGAUAACGGGCAAGGUCUCCGUUCUGGAGACGAUAUGGGCGUUUCAGGUGACGAUGAGUCCGGAAUCGAAGAAUUCUCGCAUUUGGACGCGCGAUUAGCUCGGGGCUCAGGCUCUGAAGGGAGGAAUCCGAUGAUCAGGACGAAGAUGUCCCCCGUGCAGGUAGCAAUGAAAUCACCGAUGAUAUCUCCGAUUCAGGCUCCCGUUCGCCGUCUCCUGCUUCUCUCAGCCGCCGAUUCGCCACCAUCGAAGAAGACCAAGGGAAGCAAGGCCUCAGCUACACCAGCCACCAAUACUACAUUCCUUCCAUCCCUGAUGAUGGGUGGCUACUGGUCUGGAUCGGAAGAAGCCACUGAUGACGAAGCGCGAGGCUGCUGGGCCACCAAAGCGCAAGAACCGAAUGGGCCAGCAAGCGCGGCGCGCACUGUGGGAGAAGAAAUAUGGCACCAAGGCGAAUCACGUACUAGCAGGAACAGAAGAAGCACAAGAAUAAUCGAGACAGCGGAUGGGAUCCUCGGCGGGGAGCAAAGUGCCGAUGAUCGGGGGUGCCAGAGGUUACCGCGGUGGGAGAGGUGGAUAUUGGAGCUGGUGCCGGCCGCCCGCCAAACAGACAAGAUGGCCGUACAGGCCCCGCUCGAACUCAGCAUCAGGACAAAGGGGUAA